GGGAUACACUUCCGACCGCAAACGAACAUUGAAAUUAAUUUUCUACCUAUUAGAUUGUGUUUUAUUAACAUAUACACCUACCCCAACCCUAAACCUACCCCUUACAAUAAUGAAAAAAUAGUAAUUGUUGUACAGUGUGACAAAAGUUACGCUGUAUUGAUGUGCGCAUGCCCAGUAGCGCCAGACGUAUCCCUUAUAACCCGAAGAAAACCACACUUGUAUUGUUAUCAAAGAGGACGAAGACAUUUGUCAAGUAUGAACAUAUAUUUUUGUGGAAGCAUCCGCGGAGGGAGACAGGACGUGGAUAUUUACCAGAGAAUAGUGAAGAAGUUACAGCAGUAUGGCACGGUUUUGACUGAGCACGUGAGCUCUGGCAGUCUGUCUGAAAAGGGUGAAGAUGCGGGGUUGGAUGGAGAUAAAGCCAUUCAUGAUCGAGAUGUGGAGUGGCUGAUGAAGUCUGAUGUGAUAGUAGCUGAGGUGACACAGCCGUCUUUAGGGGUCGGUUAUGAGCUCGGCCGAGCAGUGGCACUCAACAAGAGGGUGCUCUGUCUCUUCAGACCUUCUUCUGGAAAAGUGCUGUCUGCCAUGAUCAGAGGAGCAUCCACAAACUUGCUCUUCCAAGUCCAGGACUACACCGAGGAUGAAGUCGAGAGUAUCUUGGAGAAAUAUUUUGAUAGUAUCGCCAAGAAAUGAUGAGCAAAUUUCAGCAAAUCAUAACAGAUAAGCGCAACUUCUAUAUGCUUCUCCUCUCAUUUUAGAAAGUCAGUAGGGCAGUCUUUCUUUGGUGUGUGCGUUUUUCUGAGAAAAUGCUAAUUAAUUGGUGUAUUGUGAUUUACAUGUGAAUAAAUCUGUUUCAGCUAAA